CUCUCUUAGCAGAGAGCUAAACAGGUCCCAGUGCGAGCAAGUGUCCAGUGUGCCACUCAACAUUGGGAUAAACAAAACAAACUUUUCUGUUUGGAAAUCUGACACGUUGUUAAGGAAGAGGAAAAGAAAAGAAAAACAUUUUGAAGUGGAUCCAACAUGGCAGACGCCCAUGUGUCCAUGCCAGGUACAACAGACACCUACAUGGACUUUGCUGACUACAGUCUCUACAGCGACCUGUCUGAAGAUGAGCUCAUGCAGCUGGCAAUUGAGCGGAGCAUUGCUGAUACUCACAACUCUGCGUCAGGCACUGAAAGCUCAAAGACCCCCAUUGCUCCAAACAGGCCAGCAGCCCGAUGGCAAGUUCCACCAUCAUAUCCUCCCCAGCCACAACCAGAACUGACAGCGUGUCCCGCAAAUCCACCCAGAGUAACAAUAUGUCCACAGGAUGUAAAUUCAGUAAGUCACUUUGUUACUGGUAAUGGCAAGCGAAUGAUGGAAUACCGAAAAUAUGAUGGAAGUUUGCAAGUUGCCCAUGUGCCUGAAGAGGAGCUUGAUCCUAUUGCUAAGGCCAUUUUGGAAGGAGAUGUAGGAUCAGUGAAACUGUUGGUUAAGCAACCUGGGUGCAACCUUCUUAAACCAAAUAAAGAUGGAUGGAUGCCUUUGCACGAGGCGGCAUAUUAUGGACAAGAUCAAUGUAUUAAAAUUCUCCUGAGAGCUCAACCUGGGAUGAUCAACCAGUGCACUUUGAAUGAGCAGACUGCUUUAAUGAUAGCUGUGGUAAUGGAACAUCUUGCAUGUAUGGAGUGUCUUCUAGAGAAAGGAGCUGAUCCUGAUAUUACCAAUAAGGAUAGGGAGACUCCCCUUUACAAAGCUUGUGAGAAGGAAAACCCAACAAUGGUUGCCAUGUUACUGAAUUAUGGCGCCUCUGUGAAUAAGAACUGUAUUCAAGGCUGGACCGCUCUCCAUGAGAGUGUGUGCAGGAACAAUGUGGAAAUCUGUGAGAUGCUGUUGAAAGCUGGAGCCAAAGUCGGCAUGCCCAACAUGUACGGAAUCACUCCUAUCUUUGUGGCCGCCCAAAGUGGAAAAGUGGAUGCACUUCGCAUGCUUUUAAAAAAUGGUGCCGAUCUCAACAGCGAGGCUGCAGAUGGAGCCACAGCACUGUAUGAGGCCUGUAAAAAUGGUCAUGAGGGCACUGUACAGUUUCUUCUAUCUCAAAAUGCAGAUGCCAACAAGCCAGGCAAAACAGGACUGUUGCCAAUUCAUAUAGCUGCCCAGCAUGGUAAUGAUAGCAAAGACCUCCUUACUUUCGGGUGUACCCACAAAAUUGUCAGGGCAACUAAUAUCAUAUCCAUGCUGAUCCCAGCCACAAGCAAGGCCAGAGUGAGGCGUUCAGGUAUCAGCCCCCUCCAUUUAGCAGCGGAGCGCAACAGAAACGAUAUUCUUGAGUUACUGAUCGAGGCUGGCUUUGAUGUCAAUGCCACGUUGUCCGAGGGUCGUUCUAUGAUGUAUGAAGAUCGUCGCAGCACAGCUCUAUACUUUGCUGUCAUGAACAACAACAUCAAUGCUACCACCAUGCUCCUGAAGGCUGGUGCUAAUCCAAACCUGGACACAUUCAACCCAAUCCUAGUGGCCCUAAGGCAGGGUUGCAUCCAGACAGUGACUUUGCUGGUUGAAUAUGGUGCUAAUGUCAAUUCCUACAUCCCAACUCACCCAACUACCUUUCCAGCCAGUGUUAUGUUCUGCAUGAAGUAUCUGACUUUACUGAAGUAUCUAAUGGAUAAUGGCUGCGAUGCCUUGUCAUGUUUCAAUUGUGUUUAUGGCAGCAAUCCUCAUCCACCUAUAAAAACUAGGUGUAAUCCAAGAUAUGAUUUAGAUGAAGCUGUACAAAAGACUUGUAUUCAGUUCUGUGAGGUGAUCUCUAGCGAACACGUCUCCCGCUGGGCAGGACCGAUUAUAGACGUGCUGCUUGAUUAUGUUGGGCAUGUGAAACUGUGUGCACGACUCAUUGAACAUCUGGACAGUUUCCAUGAGUGGCAGUGCAUCAAAGAGAGAGCAAUGCCUCCACGCCCACUCAUGCAGCUCUGCAGACUGAAAAUCCGCAAGCUGCUCGGGAUCAAGAGACUGAAGAAAAUUCAGAAGCUUCCAGUUGCUCCAAGGUUGAUCAAAUUCCUAAAUCAUCAAGAACGAAAGCAAGACUUUUAAGCCUGCUUUUGAAUGUUGACUCUUAGUAAACACAGAGAGAACAAUUCCAUUAGAAAAUCAUAUACUUCUGUUUGCAGAGCUUGCAUUGAGCUAAAAUUAUGGAAUAAAUUUCUUUUUGUCUGGGUCAAUUUUUUGCACAAAUGUACUGCUUAAUAUUAUAAUAAAAAUGCAUUUACCUGAAAUUAACACAGUUUUUGUUUUAUCCAGCUGUAUUCACUGUGUGCAACUUAUAACAUCCAAGUGAAAGAUAUAACACCGACAUGUUAUAAAAAAAAAUAAACAACCAGAAUCAUUGAGCUGGAAAAUGAUCA